AUGACCCAAGAAACUUUUGUCACCCAUAACGAGUUCCGGCUGGACACGUUCACCGUGCCCACGAAGCUGAUGAUCGAAAAGCUGUUGGUCAACCUGACCUUUGGCGACUCUGUGUACAAGGAAGACCCCGCCACUCUUGAACUUGAGGCUAAAGUGGCGAGAAUGACCAAGAAGGAAGCGGCGCUCUUUUGUGUGUCGGGGACGAUGCUGAAUCAGCUUGGGUUGAGAGUUAACCUCGUGCAACCGCCUUACCUGAUCCUCUGUGACCAUCGGGCUCAUGUGUUCUUGCACGAAGCCGGUGGUUUGGCCACUUUGUCUCAGGCUAUGGUCCACCCCGUCAUCCCUAAGAACGGUGACUACUUGACCCUUGAAGACAUCAUUGACAACUAUACUGCCGACGAUGGUGACAUUCACGCUGCUCCCACCAAGGUGAUCUCGUUGGAAAACACUCUCCACGGGAUCAUCACUCCGUUGGAAGAGAUCGCUCGCAUCGCUGAAUUUGCUAAGGAAAAUGACAUCAAAAUGCACUUGGACGGGGCCAGACUCUGGAACGCUGCUGCCGAAACCGGCCACUCGCUCGCUGACUACUGCCAGUACUUUGACUCGGUGUCGUUGUGUCUCCUGAAAUCGUUGGGGGCUCCCAUGGGGUCGAUUUUGGUUGGGUCGCAAAAAUUCAUUGACAAGGCCAACCACUUUAAGAAGCAAGCCGGGGGUGGUAUUCGCCAAGCCGGGAUCGUUACCCUGAUGGCCAUCACUGCCAUUGACGAAAACUUUGACAAACUUAAAAUCGCUCACGCCUACGCUAAGAAAGUGGGUAAGUUCUGUACUGACCACGGCAUCAUCCUUGAGCUGCCGGUGGAUACCAACUUUGUGUUUAUCGACAUGAAGCGCAACAACAUGGACUCGAAGUACCUCGUGGAAGUUGCUGAACGUAAUGGUGUUAAGUUGAUGGGGGGCCGAAUCGCGUUCCACUUCCAAUUGAGCGAAGACCUGGUGAACCGGGUGUGCGAUCUGAUUUUGGAAUGCUACAACUACAACCAGGAGCAUCCGUUCGUCGACCACUCCAAAAACAACAAAAAGAUGUACAACUUUGAAAUGUUGCAACGCCACUUGGUGUCGCAUUAA